UACGUGUUUUGUACCGAUUCGCAAUGGGCUCUGACGGGGUUUGACCCUUCCACGGCCGUAUGGUCUGCUUAGCACAGGGGUCAAGAAAGACGCAGAUGGCUAUCUGGUUGUUAUUCGGUGGAUUGGUUUCAUUCAGCCACCUAGUAAGUGGAGAUGUCACGGUGAUGGUGUUUCUACUGCGUUGGAAUGGUUACUUGGCCAAGUUUUCACACCAUUUUGGACCAGUACUAUAUACUAUUCCCUCCGGAUCGUCCGAUUGGCAAGUAGAACGCUAGAUUACAACAAGGCUAUGCACAGUAUAUUGAUUCGUCACCUGCAUCCAUGUUGCUUUUGUUUCGGGCCACAGAGAGGGGAAGGUUCCUACAAAGGUAACCUAGAUACUCGUAAGCAAUAUCCUGUCUGUCUGUCUCGGAGAGGGAUUGAUACUAACUAGUAGACAACUGUUACCGAGUCAUUAGAAGACUGCAUAACCAAACGUAAAAUUUAGUAUAGAGAGGUAUAGAGUAGAAUGACCCAAGAUGUAGAAACCUGAUUCUGCAUGUUCGUAUGAGCUGUCACUUCCCCGGAUUAUCUAUCGCUCCAUAAGCGGCUAUUGACACUUGAGAUUUCAUGCGCGUCAGCAGGUGGGAAAUAAGCAAUUAUACCCUAAACUGUACAACUCUGUACUCUGUACAUAAUACUGUGUACAAUACGGAGUAGUCUUU